GGUUUCCUUUAUGAUGUAGGGCUGCCCCAGCCCCAGCGCACAGACACCUCGGCAGGCUGCAGCGCUCCGCACUCCCUCGCCAGCCCGCCCGCCCGGCUCCGCUGCCGGAUCGCGCCCUCCGGCCGCCCCGCAGGACCCCGGCCGCCGCCAGCAUGUCUGAGAUCCUCCCCUACAGCGAGGAGAAGGUGGCCCGCUUCGGCACCGACUCCGAAGUCAGCGAGAUCUCCUUCAGCUGCCGGCUCCAGGACACCAACUCCUUCUUCGGGGGCAACCAGGCCAAGCGGCCCCCCAAGCUGGGGCAGAUCGGCAGGGCCAAGAGAGUGGUGAUCGAAGAUGAUAGAAUAGACGAGGUGCUGAAGGGGAUGACAGACAAGUCGCCUUCUGGGGUAUAAGCCGGCAGAGGAGGCGCCUGCACUGAGCUGCAGACUCUGUUCACUGAUUUUAAGCACUUUUGGCCGUGCAUGUUUGUUGGACUGUGGUCAACGAGGAAAGCAAAGGAAGGAGAUGAGGCUGCUGGCGACACCUUCCACCCCCAACCCAGACCCCAGCCCGAGGCGGUAACGGAUGGGGCCAUCUCACCCUCCUCAGCAUCCAGCCGAGAGCGAUGGGACAAAGGGAGCUGGCCAUCCAUCCCUGUCCAGAUUUUCAGGGCGCCGUGCCCACCCCGGAGAUGCCAUCUUUUUCAGCACCACGUCCUGCCCUCACAACCCCCCGCCCUGCAGAAUGGAGGAGCCGGCUACUGAGGCGCUAUCCAGGGCCAGCGCCACUUCCAGCCCCCUCCCGGGGAGCUGUCCUUUCCAGCGACACUUCCAGCGCCCUCCCGGGGAGCUGUCCUUUCCAGCGACACUUCCAGCGCCCUCCGGGGGAGCUGUCCAUUCCAGCGCCCUCCCGGGGAGCUGUCCUUUCCAGCGACACUUCCAGCGCCCUCCCCGGGAGCUGUCCAUUCCAGCGCCCUCCCGGGGAGCUGUCCACUCCAGCGCCACUUCCAGCGCCCUCCCGGGGAGCUGUCCACUCCAGCGCCACUUCCAGCGCCCUCCCGGGGAGCUGUCCUUUCCAGCGCCACUUCCAGCGCCCUCCCCGGGAGCUGUCCAUUCCAGCGCCCUCCCGGGGAGCUGUCCACUCCAGCGCCACUUCCAGCCCCCUCCCGGGGAGCUGUCCUUUCCAGCGCCACUUCCAGCGCCCUCCCGGGGAGCUGUCCACUCCAGCGCCACUUCCAGCGCCCUCCCGGGGAGCUGUCCAGUCCAGCACCCUCCUGGGGAGCUGUCCAUUCCAGCGGCACUUCCAGGGAGCUGUCCAUUCCAGCCCCCACUCCUCUCCCAUGCCCUUCUUCCCAGCCCCACUAAGCCCCCCCCCACACACACACUUUCCCCAUGCCACGGCGCCGAGGUGCUGUUCCCCCGAGAGCGCGGAGCCCUUGGGAUCGCCCAGCGGUCUCAUCUCGAAGAGGGCUCCUGUAGCCAUGCUCUUUACACCUUUCUCUGUCUCUCUCCGAGUGGCUGUGUAUCUAGCCCCUGCAUAGACACACACCUCUCUAGCUGUAGCAGGCUCAUUGUGCGUGCAGUCACCCCCCUGCUGUAUUUCAGACCCACACCCAUUCUCUAACUCAUCCACCCCAUCCCCACACCUCAUCCCUAUCCAGUUUGCAAAAUACCAGCAGAUCGGACGCAAAUCCAAAGCCAGCAGUGCUGAAUGGAAGGCAGAGGUUCCGACCCGGAUGGACUAUAAUAUAAAAGACAGUGAUCAUUUUGCUGUCGAGAGACAUUUUUGCUCCAUCUUUUUUGCAUGAGCUUCCUGGUCCUGGUGCCACAUCUUGGUGCCACUGGUCAUCCCACUCUGGCACGCUUCUUUUUAACAGAACUCCUCAUAUUUGUAUUUUUAUAUCCGAAUCUUUGUUAAAAAUGAUCUGCUAGUGUCUAAGGUUGAAAUACUGCAUCAAAGAUUGUUCAUAUUUUUCCCAUAGGAAAGGAAAAUAAGUGUAAAGAAUGGAAUUUAAAUGGUUGGUUCUCGCAAUUCUAUAUAUCAGUAUUGGACAGGACUUCUGGGCUGUGGUUAGGGUUUUGCACACCUCAAAACACCAGUAAACAAAUGUAUCUAAGAAUCUUAUACUGUGAUUAAUGGCUUUAUUGACGGACCAUGCAGAAACAUAAUGACUUUAGAAGAUCUGAUUGCACUGGCUACGAAUGUGCUUGGAUAACUCGCUGGUUAUUUGACUCCUCUUUCUUGGGGGAUGUUCCGAGUGGGUGUUUUUAAUUUUGUACUUUAAUUUGAUUUAAUUUUUUAAAAAGCUUAUUCUGGUCUGAUGUGCAUGAGAAACGAUCAUCUUUUCAGUAAUGUACUGUGUCAUUUUAUGAGGACAACAAAGCAAAAAAAAAAAAAAAAAAAGAAAA